CAGGCUAGCAGAAGAUCCUCUCUCCCUCUGCAAAUACCGUGAACCCUGCAAGGUCACAGAAAGUAACCAUGAAUACCCUCCUACGCUUCUCUAAUAGGUUCACCUCCGCCAACUCCUUUCCACUCCUACUAUCCGCUCCAUUUCCUCCUUCACCCAGCUCCGAUUCAACUCUACACCAUCCUACUCUUCCCAACCUUCUUCUCCUCCGCCUCUCUUGUCUCCGACCACCGCCUUCCUCACAACUUUCCCGUCCGCUUCCUCUCGCAAAAGCCUAGCCAUGGGAAGUCCAAAAAUCUCGAUCUGUCUAAACCAAGCGACGCUCAAGGUGCACCACACCUGAAAGAAGAUGAGAAAAAAACUGAGUUCGUUGAUGGCAAGGCCUGUUUGGACAACCAGUUGCGAUGGGGGUUUUUACAGAAAGUUUUUGGGAUUCUAACGAUAAAGGUUUUUGCCACUGCUGCUAUUUCUUCGUUCAUGAUUUUAAACCACACUUGCCGUUGAGCCGUACGAUCUAUUUCUUUGUACGGCGGCUGGCCUAUGUCUCGCCUGUCUUGUCACUGUAUUCAUCUCGGAGAGUUACGAGCACAAGUACCCCCAGAAUCUCAUUUUCCUGGGAGCUUUAACUUUGAUGGAGGGUCUCCCAAUUGGUGCGUUAUGUGUUGUUUUUGAUGGAAAGAUGGUGCUUCAGGCAUUAGGUCUAAUUGCUACCGCCUUCAGCUUCUUAACUGGGUACACUUUUUGGGCUGCUAGGAGGGGCAAGGACUUUAGCUUACAUGUGGCAAUCAUUUUCUUUUCCCUUGUUAUCCUUGCCGCUGCAACUGUGUCGCUGGUAAAUGAUCAACUUUCAUUUUUCCCACAUCCGUUUGGCCCAGCAUUACCAUUCCUCGGUGGACUUUUUCCAACGUUAUUGUUGGUUACUAGUACUGGCGGAUUUAUUAAGGAAUUCCACUACGAUCAGCACUUAAGAGCCGUGGAGCAUGUCUUCUUAUACGUGACAAUUAUGUUCUUUCAUUUCAUGUUAUACAAAUACAUGAAAGUCAUGAAAGAUGUGACUGAGAAGGCACAAACAGAAGAGUCAUCUCAUAAUGAAUCAAUUUGCAUCCUUUCAAGAAACCACAUUGAGGAGUUGACUUCCAUGGCUGGAACAGGACUAUAAGCACAGUAAAUAAUUUCUUUCCAACUUACGAUCAACA